UAUAUAGUGAAUAGGGACGAAUUCAGACACUGCUUCAGUUUGAGUGCUCAGUUCGAUGUUUAUCAUGGGUGAGCAGGUGGAUGUGAUUCAUGCUGGAGAACAGCAGAUGCUGCAGACACCAGUGAAGAUUGAAGUGAAGCAGGAGAUAAAAGAAGAAAACACAGCAGAUGAACAACAGACUGAUGAAGAUAAUGAUGAAAACACAACAGCAGAACAACAGACUGAUGAAGAUGAUGAUGAACAGAAGAUGCGGCAGACACCAGUGAAGAUUGAAGUGAAGCAGGAGGAGGAGAUUAAAGAAGAAAACACAACCGAGGAAGAACAGGAAUAUGAUUGUGAACAGCAGAUGCUGCAGACAUCAGUGAAGAUGUGUUCAGUGAAGCUGCUGAACUGCAGGAACCUGAUGAAGAUGAGAGGAGAAACCACAACAGAGGAACAACAGAGUGAUGAAGAUGAUGAUGAUGAUUUUAUUCCUGCAGAGCUGAUGGAAGUGAGAGAAGAAUGUGAAGAGCUGAAGGAACUGGAGGAGGAACAACAACAUGGUUUCAUAACGGGAGGAAAAUCUUUAAGUGGCUCAAAGACAGAAGACAAUUUCUCACCUAAAAAUCCUCGAAGAUCAGCCAAGAAAUCUUUCACCUGCUCUCAGUGUGGAACAUGUUUCCCAUGUAAAAGCCAUUUUAAUAUACACAUGAGAGUUCAUACUGGAGAGAAACCUUACACGUGCCAUCAGUGUGGAAAAAGUUUUGCAUAUUCAACCAGUCUCAAGAGACAUCUCUUUUGUCACUCUGAAGAAAAGUCAUUUGAAUGUGAUCAGUGUGGUAAAACAUUUGUUAUGGCACAGUCCCUAAAACAACAUCUGAAAAUUCACACAAAUGAGAAGUCUUACAAGUGUUCUUUUUGUGGAAAGAGUUUUAAACAUCACUUCUAUUUGAAAGAGCACCAGAAAAUUCAUACCAGUGUGGCGGCUCACAUGUGCUUUGAAUGUGGGAAGUUCUUUAUUACAGCCAACAGCUUGAAACUGCACCAAAGAAUUCAUACUGGAGAGAAACCUUACAAGUGCUCACACUGUGGAAAGAGUUUCACUCGAUCAGAACACCUGAAAUCACAUGAGAGAAUUCAUACUGGAGAGAAACCUUACAAGUGCUCACACUGUGGAAAGAGUUUCACUCAGUCAGCAAACCUGAAAACACACGAGAGAUUUCAUACUGGAGAGAAACCUUACAAGUGCUCACACUGUGGAAAGAGUUUCACUCGGUCAGAACACCUGAAAUCACACGAGAGAAUUCAUACUGGAGAGAAACCUUACAAGUGCUCACACUGUGAAAAGAGAUUCACUGAGUCAAAAACCCUGAAAUUACACAAGAGAAUUCAUACUGGAGAGAAACCUUACAAGUGCUCACACUGUGAAAAGAGUUUCACUGAGUCAAAAACCCUGAAAUUACACAAGAGAAUUCAUACUGGAGAGAAACCAUACAAGUGCUCAUACUGUGGAAAGAGUUUCACUCAGUUAGCACACCUGAAAACACAUGAGAGAAUUCAUACUGGAGAGAAACCAUACAAGUGCUCACUCUGUGGAAAGAGUUUCACUCAGUCAGAAAACCUGAAAACACAUGAGAGAAUUCAUACUGGAGAGAAACCAUACAAGUGCUCACUCUGUGGAAAGAGUUUCACUUGGUCAGUAAGCCUGAAAUCACAUGAGAGAAUUCAUACUGGAGAGAAACCUUACCAGUGCUUUGAAUGUGGGAAGUUCUUUAUUACGGCUGACAACUUGAAACGGCACGAAAGAAUUCAUACUGGAGAGAAACCUUACAAGUGCUCACACUGUGGAAAGAGUUUCACUCUGUCAGAAACCCUGAAAUCACACGAGAGAAUUCAUACUGGAGAGAAACUUUACAAGUGCUCACACUGUGGAAAGAGAUUCACUCAGUUAUAUCACCUGAAAUCACAUGAGAGAUUUCACACAGGAGAGAAACCUUACAAGUGCUCACACUGUGGAAAGAGUUUCACUCGGUCAGUAAGCCUGAAAACACACGAGAGAAUUCAUACUGGAGAGAAACCAUACAAGUGCUCACACUGUGGAAAGAGUUUCACUCAGUCAGUAAGCCUGAAAACACACAAGAGAAUUCAUACAGGAGAGAAACCAUACAAGUGCUCACACUGUGGAAAGAGUUUCACUCAUUCAGUAAACCUGAAAACACACGAGAGAAUUCAUACAGGAGAGAAACCUUACAAGUGCUCACACUGUGGAAAGAGUUUCACUCAUUCAGUAAACCUGAAAAGUCACGAGAGAAUUCAUACUGGAGAGAUACCUUACAAGUGCUCACAAUGUGGAAAGAGUUUCACUCGGUCAGUAAACCUGAAAACACACCAGAGAAUUCAUACUGGAGAGAAACUUUACAAGUGCUCACACUGUGGAAAGAGUUUCACUCAGUUAUAUCACCUGAAAUCGCAUGAGAGAAUUCAUACAGGAGAGAAACCUUACAAGUGCUCACACUGUGGAAAGAGUUUCACUCAUUCAGUAAACCUGAAAACACACGAGAGAAUUCAUACUGGAGAGAAACCUUACAAGUGCUCACACUGUGAAAAGAGUUUCACUCAGUCAGUAAGCCUGAAAACACACGAGAGAAUUCAUACUGGAGAGAAACCUUACAAGUGCUCACACUGUGAAAAGAGUUUCACUCAGUCAGUAAGCCUGAAAACACACGAGAGAAUUCAUACUGGAGAGAAACCUUACAAGUGCUCACACUGUGAAAAGAGUUUCACUCAUUCAGUAAGCCUGAAAACACACGAGAGAAUUCAUACUGGAGAGAAACCUUACAAGUGCUCACACUGUGAAAAGAGUUUCACUCGGUCAGAACACCUGAAAAGACAUGAGAGAAUUCAUACAGGAGAGAAACUUUGCCACUCAGGGCCUGAAAUUCAUAUCUGAAAAUGUGGAGGGAAUUCCCCAUUUAAGGCCUCAAUAUACUUCCUACGAAAUAAAAAAAAUGAACAGGUGUGACAUCAUAUCCAGUAACUACUGCCCCCACAUUUAGAACAAAAUCUGACCAAAAAUUAGUUUUUGCAUUCGUUGUUGUGGUUCAUAACAGUUCACACGGGUUAACUUUUAGGAAAAGAUUUAUCGGCUGCUAAAAACCACCUUUCUGCCAUUGGUUCACGUCAUUGGUAGGUGUGACCUGGAGCUCCACCUACCUUGAGGCUGAUGGUUAAUUUUGUUUGUUGUUAAUGAGUCAAAAUCAGUCAACAUACACUCACCUAAAGGAUUAUUAGGAACACCUGUUCAAUUUCUCAUUAAUGCAAUUAUCUAAUCCAGGGGUUCCCAACCUUUUUUGUGCCAGGGACCAGCAUAUUCAUAAAAAAAAUUCCAAGGACCAGUAGUCAAUUUUAAUGCCUCAAUUUUAAGAUGGAUCGUUUGGAUUCGGAACAUAUCACUGUGUAAAACAGUAACAGCCUAUAAUUUAUUUGCAUAUAGUGAACUAGGUGGCAACAAAGCUACUUGUAUACCAAUCUUUUUAAACUUUCAGACCGGUUCACAAAAUGUUUCCCUUUUCUCCCAUACAAUUAGGUCUACUUCAAAAGCAACUCACACAGCACUCACUUACUAGCAGGUGGCAGUAAUGGCAAAUUGUAUGAAAAUAAGAGCCAGUUUCAACAGUCAGACAGUUUCAGAAUACAAUAGCAAACACACAGUGAUUUCAGCCAAUUAUUUUUAAAAGUAUAAAAUUAGAGAUUAAGCUUUAACAAAAAAGACCAGACCAGACCAAUGAGAACAAAACUAUUUUAAUGUGAGGAUGAACUGCUUAUUGAUAUUACUAUUUGUAGCUGUGCACAAGACAAGCUGUUCUUCCUGGGCAUUCAUAAAAAAAACAUGCAUCCAAAACAAUGCACACAAAUUCCAGGAUACAAUAAAACGGAAUUUAAAAAGGUCUGCUUCACAAAUAUGAACGAAAUCCAGCUUACAGUCUGAUAUCCAUCUCAGUGAGACCCCUGGGAUUGCUUGGCAGCCACAAGAACAUCAUACCAGGGCUUGAUGGUUGACAAUGAGACACGCAGGGUAUUCCUCACAUCCAGUCUGUUUCUAAGUCUGGUCUUAGUGGCAGUCAUGGCAGAAAAACCUGCCUCGCACAGAUAUGAAGUCGGGAACUGGAGCAGGGUCUUCAGUGCAAGGGUGCUGAUCUCAAUGUAUUCUAUUGAUGCUUUGAUCCAGAAGGAUGUCAAUGGUGUUGAAUUAAAGACAGUUUUCAGGCCUCUGUCAUUUCUGAGCUCUAGCAGCUGGUCUUCUUGUCUUGAUGAGAGCUGGUUCUGACCGUCAUCAUCUUCAAAAUUAGAAUUUAAUUCUUGGCAUGAAUGUUUUCACAUACAAGUAAUUUGCUUUGGUGUUUUGGUGCAAAAUAGGGAUGUUAACGAUUAAUCGACGAUAAGCAUGCGCGUGCGUGCUGCUCAACCGCGAAACAUGUAAAGAGAGCGCGCCGGAGAUAUGUUUGGGACUAUUUUACACCAUCAUGACUAAGUUUGCGUGUUCAUUCGCAACCUUUUGUUUUGUGCAAAUGUAAGUUGUAAUAUUGUGUUUAUUUUGUGUAGGCCUAUCUUUAUCUGAUUUAUCUCAUGACAGGAUGCAUUUGGUUAAAAAUUAAUGUAGUAAAUUGUACGGUGAUCCUCUUCAGCUUCAGCGCGCGCAGCUCAAACGGCACUGUACGACUAAUAAUGACUAUUGGGACUGUCAUAUUAUAUAACAUUAUAAAGAGAACAAUAUUGUAAUAAAACAUUGUGAAUUAUUUGGGUUUAGUUGCCGUGUCGCGUUGCUCCAGGAAGAGCGCGUCCACAACAUGAGUCAUUCUGAAUGGCACGUAACUUACCUAUAAUUCACUUGUGCAUUCUCGUAAUUUUGUGCAGAUAUAAUUUGUAAAGUUAUGUUUAUUUUGUAUAUAUCUGAUUAAUAUCAUAUAGAAUGUUUCUUUGAGUUAAAUAAAGCGCUAACAAAGUGCUCCAGUUUACCGGUAUCUAUUCAACGCGCGCAGCUCAAACAGUAAUGCACAGCUAAUAAUAACGAUGAGAACACUAUUUUAUUAAAUUGUUGUGAAUUCAUUGGUUGUUAUCAUUUUCAGCACGUUGUUCCAGGACGAGCGCGUCCACAACAGUCAAAAUAAUAUUUUCUAAAUAUAUUAAAUAUAAAAAGUAGCCUAUUAUUGUUUGAAAAAUCUGAAAAUUACUAUUUUGCCAAAUUGAAAAUUAAAUGGAAAAUAUACUUUGUGAGGGGCGUUAUAUAUGAAUAUGUAAUGUGCAUAUAUUUACCUUGGAAUGGGUUGCGCAUCCAUACUUUGCCAUUCCUUGGGUCUUUUUCAGAUGGGAAAUAAUGCUCAAACUCAUCAGACAGUGAUGUCAGGUGGCAAUGUAUCAACUGGCCAAGUCCUUCAGCAUCCUCGGAAAAACUGGAUAAGUUGCUGAACAUAUCAAAAACACCCCGGUUGACGUGCCGUGCCCAGGUUUCCAGCUUGGCUUUGAGAGUUGGGUGUUUGGUGGUUAAGUGCCGCUGAAGUUUUGACGGCUUCAUUGCAGAGUUUUUCACCACAAAUAACACACAACUGAUUUGGCGCUACGGAAUCGCCUGUUGUCGUAAAUCCAUACCUAAUGUAUGAGGUGUCGUAGGCUAUUUACGAUUAAAGCUUGACUUUUUUUCUUUUUCUUUCUCUCGAGUUGGUCAUCGCCUUUCCUUUUACCGGAACUGUUCGCAAUGAAAUUAGCCAUUGAAGUUUGCUGAGGCCCGCUCAUCUCUCCACAUACUUCUCUGUCACUUCAGGUGCACCGCGCUUUUUUUGCAGUCCGUUAAGAUACGACGCUAAGCAAUCGCAAGGCGCUCAAAGAAACACAUUUUAAUCUAUUUAUUUAUUUUGAACUAUUUAUUGUUUAUGUUUUGGAUUAAAUAACAUGACAUGUUAAAAAGCAUUUAAAAAAGACAAUUAUUAUUGUAUAUUAAAAAAAAAAAAUAUUCUGGGAAUAUUUUAAGGCCCGGUACUAACGGGUCCACGGACCGGCACCGGUCCGGGGACCGGGGGUUGGGAAUCACUGAUCUAAUCAACCAAUCACAUGGCAGUUGCUUCAAUGCAUUUAGGGGUGUGGUCCUGGUCAAGACAAUCUCCUGAACUCCAAACUGAAUGUCAGAAUGGGAAAGAAAGGUGAUUUAAGCAAUUUUGAGCGUGGCAUGGUUGUUGGUGCCAGACGGGCCGGCCUGAGUAUUUCACAAUCUGCUCAGUUACUGGGAUUUUCACGCACAGCCAUUUCUAGGGUUUACAAAGAAUGGUGUGAAAAGGGAAAAACAUCCAGUAUGCGGCAGUCCUGUGGGCGAAAAUGCCUUGUUGAUGCUAGAGGUCAGAGGAGAAUGGGCCGACUGAUUCAAGCUGAUAGAAGAGCAACUUUGCCUGAAAUAACCACUCGUUACAACCGAGGUAUGCAGCAAAGCAUUUGUGAAGCCACAACACACACAACCUUGAGGCAGAUGGGCUACAACAGCAGAAGACCCCACCGGGUACCACUCAUCUCCACUACAAAUAGGAAAAAGAGGCUACAAUUCGCAAGAGCUCACCAAAAUUGGACAGUUGAAGACUGGAAAAAUGUUGCCUGGUCUGAUGAGUCUCGAUUUCUGUUGAGACAUUCAGAUGGUAGAGUCAGAAUUUGGCGUAAACAGAAUGAGAACAUGGAUCCAUCAUGCCUUGUUACCACUGUGCAGGCUGGUGGUGGUGGUGUAAUGUGUGGGGGAUGUUUUCUUGGCACAUUUUAGGCCCCUUAGUGCCAAUUGGGCAUCGUUUAAAUGCCACGGCCUACCUGAGCAUUGUUUCUGACCAUGUUCUAUCCCUUUAUGGCCACCAUGUACCCAUCCUCUGAUGGCUACUUCCAGCAGGAUAAUGCACCAUGUCACAAAGCUCGAAUCAUUUCAAAUUGGUUUCUUGAACAUGACAAUGAGUUCACUGUACUAAAAUGGCCCCCACAGUCACCAGAUCUCAACCCAAUAGAGCAUCUUUGGGAUGUGGUGGAACGGGAGCUUCGUGCCCUGGAUGUGCAUCCCACAAAUCUCCAUCAACUGCAAGAUGCUAUCCUAUCAAUAUGGGCCAACAUUUCUAAAGAAUGCUUUCAGCACCUUGUUGAAUCAAUGCCACGUAGAACUAAGGCAGUUCUGAAGGGGAAAGGGGGUCAAACACAGUAUUAGUAUGGUGUUCCUAAUAAUCCUUUAGGUGAGUGUAAAUGCAUUGAUGUGCAGAGUUAUUAGCAACCUGGUGCAAAUGUGCACACAUCUGUACGAAGCUUGGAGACAUUUUCCAAGACCAAGUCACUUUUCUCAACUUCUGUAUAGUUCAGAUAGAACCAGGGUCAUAAAUCAACUUUUUCAUUAAACAGCUAAAUUUGAUUUCCAUUGGGAUUUUUUACCUUUACAAGGGGAAUUUGUACUCAUUGAGUAUUUCCGCUGAUCUCCUGGGAUUUUCAUUCACAACAGUCUUUAAAAUUUACUCUAGAAAAAAACGUUCAGUGAGCGACAGUUCUGUGGAUGGAAAUGCCGUGUUGAAGAGAGAGGUCAACAGAGAAUGGCUUCAGUCUUCAGAAAGUCUUCAGUAACUCAGAUAACCACUCUGUACAAUUGUGGUGAGAAGAAUAUCAUCUCAGAAUGCUACUCCGAGAUGCGGGUUGGUGUUGUUUUUGCAGCAUAGAGUGAGCACUACCCGAUAUUAGGCUGGUGGUUUUAAUAUUGUGGCUGAUCGGUUUGUGUGUGUGUGUGUGUGUGUGUGUGUGUGUAUACAGUGCAUCUGGAAAGUAUUCACAGCGCGUCCACCUUGAGGUGGAUGGGCUACAACAGCACAAGACCAUGUCGAGUUCCACCCUCAAGUUUUGACGUGAUGUGCAAUCUGAAAUGAUCACUACAAUUGUACGGAGGGGUUAUCUGAGUUACCGUAGCCUUUCAGCUUGAGUCAACAAGACUUUUCCGUUCGCAGAAUUGCCGUUCACUGGAAUUAUUUUUGUUUUUGGCACCAUUCUUAGUAAAUUCAAGAGACUGUUGUGUGUGAAAGUCCCAGGAGAUCAACAGUUACAGAAAUACUCAAACCACCCCAUCUGGCACCAACUAUCAUGCCACGGUCCAAAUCACUGAAAUUAAAAAUGUUCCCCAUACGUAUGGUUGAUGUGAACAUUAACUGAAGCUCCAGACCUGUAACUGCAGAGGCUGAAAAAGGUGCAGAACCCCUGCCUACAAUGCAUCUUUAGCGUUAUCACAACAGAUCUAUGGUGAUGUAGCAGUAGGCACGUGUACUCAGUGGUGAAGGGGUGGAUGCCUGGAUAUUAUAUCCUUUGAUUUAAUUAUUGUAGUGGAACUAAUCAGUAUAUUCAUCACAGUUUUGAACUAAUGAUUUAUUAUUCAAAGUAUCUUAAUAUAUGUUCUUUGUGGUGUCAUGCUCGUACAAGCAGUUUGAGACCAUUCCAUAUCUGUCUUCAUGCUUUAGGAGUGUCUUCUGGCUAAUAGGCUUCUCUUGUGUCUAUAUUGAUUAAUCAUUUUUCUGCCAAGUUAACAAGAAUACAACUUCAGCUUUCCUGAGAGAAAGUACAGAUAUCUCUGUUUUAAGUUCCAAUAAGAUAAGACCAGUCUCCGCAGAAGCUUUGUAGUAUAAGUCCUUGAAUAGGAGAAACUGUGUGUGUGUGUGUGAGCUUCCAAAAGUAUUUCUGUUUCAGGAGUUCAAUGAAGUGAGAAUAGCUGUCGAGAGGUGGACAACUGGUCCUCAGAGACCCACUAUUGUCUAUAAAGGGAAGACUGUCCAUGGCCUCUGACCUGACUCAGACCAUUGGAGCCUAUAUACGGACCUAAAAGUAUCAUGCCAACAAUCAAUGAAAUAUACGAAGUACACGAUGUCCGUUUUCAGAAAUGUUAUAUCUACGCUUGUAACCAAUCACAAAUCUAGAAGCUAUAGCAUUAACGUCAACUUGAUGCUGUAUCUGAAUAUAUGUAUAGAUUUUUUUGGACCCGAGUUCAGUUUGUGAUUCUCCUGUCUUCGAGGUUGUACUGAUGACUUCUUCCAUUUGAUUUUGCAAACAACUCUCUUCAGUAAAAUUCAACUAAUUUGACACCUCGACUCCUGGUCUUCAUUCCAAGCCUACUGGUCUACGGGCCCAAGCUGUAAUCCCCUACAGUGGUCACACAACAGACUCACCUGCAUACGGCGAUAGAUCGUGGAUAAAAUAUAUGUGAAUGUCUGUGCAAGUCAAAUCUGCCAAUUUCUGUGCUAACUUAAGUUCUGCAAACAAAUUUGCUGGGAUUUGGUAUUAAACAACUUUAUGUUUUUCUUGAUAUAGUUUUAUUUGUGUUGCCGUUUUGCAAUUAUCGGCAUUGGUUUAUCCGUGUGAACUAUUCACUUGGCUGAUAAACAGAAGUGUUACCUUUCCAUUGUUUUUGUGUAUUGGCAGCCCUUUCUGGACUUUGUUAAGAAUGUUAUUUCUGUGUAAAUUCCACUCUGAAACAAUCUUUUAUCUUUUUUUACUGAAAUCUAUUGUCUGUGUGCAUAUGACAGCCCAUAUCCUUUUUUUCUUUUGUUUGUGUGUUAUGUAAUUUCCUAAUUCAUAACAUUAUCA